GAAAUGGAAAACGCGCACCGAGAAAUUUUGUUCGCGCCAUUUUUUUCUCUCCUUUCUAAUAAAUAAGGAGGCUCAAAUUCGGAAAAAGGGAGAAAAAGAAAAGAAGCAAAUCCCUAAAAUCUAUAGACUUUCUGAUAGACUUUAGUUUCCUUUCUUUUAACGCAGAUCGGCAAAAAGUAGUGUUCUUCGAUGGACGGCGAAGGGGUGUGGGAAGAGUACGAGAGGCAGAUUCACGAGAGUCGGGGUUAUGAGGUCAAAAGUAUUCCCUGGCCAUCCCCCUGAGUCGGCAACAUUCAUGCCUUGGAAUUUCGGCGGAGAAUCCAAUCCAUGUGAACAAUUCCUCCAAGAUUUGAUUGAUGUGUGUAAUGAAUGCAUCGAUUGCUUCAACAAAAUCCAUGAGGAAGAGGAAGACUACCUGUUUAGUGGCGGCGCGGAUUGUAUUAGGCACGUGACUUUUGAGGUUGGCACUGGCCUGAAUCUGCCGGUGGUGCCGCGGAAUUCGAAAUCUUUCGAGCCCAGUAUGUGUGGGGUUAUCGAAGGGGCUCGACUCCUCCCAGAAGGCUAAAGAAAACUUGGAGUGCUGCCUUCCUUGCUGUUUCAACAAACAACGGGAUUUCUCCAACUGAUUCGAUUCCUCUUUCCUUCACCAUCUCUCAGCUCUCUCCUUCACUAACUGAUAGGUGAGAAUUAAGGACUCUGUACAAAGAUUUGGUGAUUACAAAUUAGAAAAUAAUUUACUUUUACAAUUACUAUUCUCGUGCAGUAGUUUAGUUCUUUUACAAUUCUAAUAGUGGUUGUUGUUGUAGUGAAUUAAGUAGUUAGAGUCAGUUCUUGAGAUCAUGUUAGUGGUGGAGAUUGUGUCCUUAAAUAUUAUAAACCACCAGAUGUAUUUAUCGACAUCUUUAUUAGUCAUUUGAAGGUAGGAAGAAAAAGAAGGAUAUUUUAUGUUUUAAUCUCUGCCUCUCUCUCUUAAUUUCUGGAGUUUUGGGAUUCGACUCGAAUAGAAUUCUAUCACCAACAGAUCUAUUAUCGGAUUUUUACACUCUUCAGUUUCCUGCAAUUUUUUUUUUUUUUUUU